AGUUUUUCGAUCUAGUUGAUAUAAACCGCCGACGCGGUGGCUGUCUCGAGAAAAUUUGGCAAUUUGCCCCUCCCCCCUCCCCCUGUCUCGUCCCAAUUCCAAAAAAGAAAUCGGAUCGAAUCAAGUGCUCGAUUCGUCCUCCUCAGAUCGACUCCGGGUUCUGCGGCUUCUCUUCAAGACUCUCGAGAUGUCGGUCCCAUUGGACCAGGGCUAUUUGAGGAUGGGAAUGGAUCCUCAGUUGAUUGUUACAUCAACCUGGGCUAUCAAUGUCUCAGAUGUAAGAACAGUGAAGAUUAGCAAUAUUUCCUUGGCUGCAUCUGAAAGGGACAUCAAGGAAUUCUUUUCCUUCUCUGGGGACAUUCAAUAUAUUGAAAUGAUCAGGGAAUCUGAAAGGUCUCAGCUUGCUUAUGUCACUUUCAAGGAGUCACAGGGGGCAGACACAGCUAUGCUUCUCUCAGGAGCAACUAUAGCUGAUCUUUCUGUCAGAAUAACACCAGUUGAGGAUUACCAGCUUCCUCCUGAAGCUUUCAAAGGCAUACCGGAAGGGAACCUCUCGUCCACCGAGUCUGCAGUCAGGAAGGCAGAGGAUGUCGUGAGCAGCAUGCUGGCAAAGGGUUUUGUCCUGGGCAAAGAUGCCCUUAAGAGAGCCAGGUCCUUUGACGAACAGAACCAUUUUACAUCCAAUGCCUCAGCCACAGUGGCAUCUCUGGACCGUAAGAUGGGCUUGAGUGAGAAGAUCAGCAUGGGUACAGCUAUGGUCGGCGGGAAGGUCAGGGAGGUGGAUGAGCGCUUCCAGGUGUCGGAGAUCACAAGGUCUGCCCUCAGUGCAGCUGAGCAAAAGGCCAGCAGUGCAGGAUCAGCCAUCAUGGGCAACCAGUACGUGUCAACUGGAGCAUCUUGGCUCUCAAGUGCACUUGGCAUGGUGGCGAAGGCAGCUGGUGAUGUGAGCACAAUGACCAGAGAAAAGGUAGAGAAGGCUGAGGAGGAGAGGAAGGAGAUCCUCUGCAGGGAGAGGAGAGAGAUCGUUAAUGACUUUGCACAUAUUCACCUAGAUGAGUCAUCACCGGGGGAGCCUCCAACAGUGCCAGUUGAAUCAGUGGAUGAACAAAAGCUAUAAAUCAUAUGAGUAACUUUGCAGGAUUUAGCUUCCCGGUAUUCUUUUUUUUCUUUUUUCCCCUCAUAUUGGUAAUUUUGGGUUGCUGAUUAAAGAAUUGAUUGGACAGAUGUAUCAUUUAUGGCAAUGUGGGAUGCUUCUAAUGUAUGUUCAUAUGACUACCUUUUAAGUAGAUUUUGAUAUUGUUUAUCUUGUGAUCUGCUGUUUCAAAAUUCCUCUCAUUAUCAAUGAAAGGAGUGGUCGGGUUCUGCAUUGUGCUUAAAAGAAGAAGAAAAGAUCUGCUGUUUCAA